GCGAGGGGGGCCCCGGCGUGGACCGGGGUGGGGGCCGGGGCUGCCAGCUUGGCCCUGGCCUGUCAAGCGGCUCAUUGUUCCUGCCCCGGGUGUCACUGGGCGCCGCCGGGGACAAUGUGGCACUGAGGGGCGGCCGGCGGUGGAGGGACGAGGCGCACGGAAAGAUUCAUCCUGCCCUCCCGCCAUGGCAUCGCCAGACGGAGCCAGUGGCGUGGGUGGCAGUCCCGAGGAGACAGAGCUCAGCAUCACCCUGACCCUCCGCAUGCUCAUGCACGGCAAGGAGAUUGGCAGCAUCAUCGGCAAGAAAGGAGAGACUGUUAAGAGGAUACGAGAGCAGAGCAGUGCACGAAUCACUAUCUCAGAAGGGUCCUGCCCCGAGCGCAUCACCACGAUCACUGGCUCCACCGAUGCUGUCUUCCGCGCUGUCUCCAUGAUCGCCUUCAAGCUGGAGGAGGACCUGGGAGCAGGGGGCGAUGGGGUGUCAGCAGGCAGAGCACCGGUGACCCUGCGCCUUGUCAUCCCCGCCAGCCAAUGCGGCUCCCUCAUCGGCAAGGCAGGAGCUAAGAUCCGGGAGAUCCGGGAGAGCACAGGGGCACAGGUGCAGGUGGCCGGUGACUUGCUGCCCAACUCUACUGAACGAGCUGUAACCGUCUCAGGGGUGCCAGACACCAUCAUCCAGUGCGUGAGGCAGAUCUGCGCUGUCAUCCUGGAGUCGCCUCCGAAGGGGGCCACCAUACCCUACCACCCUGGUCUCUCCCUGGGCACCAUCCUGCUCUCUGCCAAUCAGGGCUUCUCCAUGCAGGGCCAGUACAGUGGGGUCUCUCCUGCAGAGGUGACAAAGCUGCAGCAGCUGUCAGGGCAUGCGCUUCCCUUCGCCCCCCUGGGCCAUGCACCCACCAUGAUGCCAGGCCUGGAUGCCAACUCCCAGAGCAGCUCCCAGGAGUUCCUGGUGCCCAAUGAUCUCAUCGGCUGCAUCAUUGGCCGGCACGGCAGCAAGAUCAGCGAGAUCAGGCAGAUGUCAGGUGCUCACAUCAAGAUUGGCAACCAGACUGAGGGCUCCAGCGAGCGGCAUGUGACCAUCACAGGGACCCCUGUCAGCAUCACCCUGGCUCAGUACCUCAUCACAGCCUGCUUAGAGACUGCUAAAUCUACCUCCCAGGUGCCACCAGGCCCUGGCUCCAUGGACCUCGGCAUGGGCUUUUCCCAGCCCCUCGCUCCAGGCUCUGGUGCAGCACUUCCCACUGUCGCCCCAGCCCCCCCGGCCCUGCUGGGCACCCCCUACGCCAUCUCCCUCUCCAACUUCAUUGGCCUGAAGCCAGUGUCCUUCCUGGCGCUGUCCCCAUCCUCUGUGGCAGGUCCCAAUGGUGGCAACACCACCUACACGACCAAGAUCUCGGCGGCCAACGGCACCAAGAAAGCUGACCGGCAGAAGUUCUCGCCCUACUGAACCCCACUGGUGGGUGGGCCAGGGGGUCCGAGGUGCUACUCAGUAUCAGGGACACCUUCCUGCCCCCCACCCUGACCUCAGCCUCUGUCAGGUGCCCCAUGUCCCCCACCCCAGGGAAGGGAAGGGUCUUUCUGACGUCUUCAGACGAUGCCUGCUGGAAGAAGGGGCUAUUUUGUUGCCUGCUGCCCAUCCCAGCAGCACUGCACCCCCCUCCCUGAUUUUCUGCACAGAGACCAUGUGUCCUGGUAUCGGGUGGGGGGCCUGUCCCUGCCAGCCUAGGGUCCCUUCUCCCAGUGCCCUGUGCUGCAGGACCCCUGCUUCCUGCUCCUCACCCUGCCUCCUCUGCCAUCCUGCUCAUGCCCACACUCCAUCUGGCACCCAAAAGCCAGGCCCCACUGGAUGAGGACUGCCUGGCCUCUCCAGGCCCCUUCCACUGGCUCUGGUGGGGGGCUCUCCCUGGGCCACCCUGGGGCAAUCGCCUCCCA